ACGGGUAUCAGGAAGUAGAGAGAGAGAGGGAGAAGUUAGAGGUUUGUUUAGUCGCAAAAGUCGCUGCAGUGUUGUCCAAAGUUUAUCUGGGUUAAAGACAGAGUGUUUCUGAGAGAAAGUGGCGUUAAGGAGUGUGAGCGCAACUCCGAGAAGUCGAAGCAUCACAGAGGCAGGAGCUGACCGGAGGACUGAACUCAGCUUGUUGUCGUCUGGGCCGCAGGUGAAGGGGCCAUGAAUCGAGUCCCAUUGCAGCAGCCUCAGAGCUGCGGGCCCUGGGAGCUGAAGGAGCGGCUCGGCACCGGAGGCUUCGGAAACGUCACAAGAUGGCAAAACAAGGAUACGGAGGAACAGAUUGCUAUAAAGCAAUGCCGACAGGAGCUGAGCGAGAAGAACAAAGAGCGGUGGUGUCUGGAGAUCCAGAUCAUGAAGAGACUGGAUCAUGUCAACGUGGUGGCGGCUCGAGAAGUUCCUCCGGGAAUGUAUAAAGUCAUGACCACCAACGACAUGCCGCUGCUGGCCAUGGAGUACUGUCAGGGCGGAGAUCUCAGAAAGUAUCUGAACCUCCUGGAGAACUGCUGUGGCAUGAGGGAGGGCUCCGUUCUCAUUCUGUUACGCGAUAUCUCUUCGGCUCUCACCUACCUCCAUUACAAGAGGAUCAUUCACAGAGAUCUGAAGCCGGAGAACAUUGUGCUGCAGCAGGGAGAGAAAAGAUUAAUCCACAAAAUUAUCGACCUGGGUUAUGCUAAAGAGUUGGACCAGAGCAGCCUUUGCGUUUCAUUUGUGGGAACGCUGCAGUACCUCGCUCCAGAGCUCAUCGAGAGGCAGAAGUACACAGUCACUGUGGACUACUGGAGUUUCGGGACAUUGGUGUUUGAGUGCAUCACAGGAUUUCGCCCUUUCUUACCCACCUGGCAGCCCGUUCCCUGGCACCAUAAAGUGAGCCUGAAGCAGAAUGAUGAUAUUGUUGUUUACGAGGACCUUUCGGGGGAAAUCCGCUUCUCCAAACAUCUGCCGCAGCCCAACGACCUCAACAGUCUCCUACUAGAGAAGCUGGAGAAGUGGCUGCAGCUGAUGUUGAUGUGGUCUCCUCAGGAGAGAGGCAAAACCCGAGGCGCCACGGCCCCCGACUGCUUCUCCCAGCUGGGGCUCAUACUGCAACUCAAGCUGGUUCAUGUCCUCAACAUGAUGUCUGCUAAGAUCCUGACUUAUUCAGUGUCUGAUGAUGAGACUGUGGCCAACCUCCAGCUGAGAAUAGAAAAAGACACCAACAUCCCUGCAGCCAAUCAGGAGCUGCUGCUGGAGGCGGGGAUCGCCCUGGAGCCUCAUGGACUUGUCACGCAGUGCGCCAUCGAUUAUGCAGAGGUGGACGGCCGGCGGACAGACCUGCCUCUGGUGUUUUUGUUUGACCGCUCCUCUUGCACUUAUGAACCCCAGUUCGCUCCUCGAGUGCUUCCUGAAAACAUCCGCUUUGUUAAGAAUGACCCAAAGCAUCAGCUGAGUUACAGUCCUCUAAGAAGAACUUGUGGCCAAGCAUGGCAGACCAUCCGUGCUCUGAAAGAAGACUGGCAAAGAUUGCAACAGGGGCAGAAAGCCGCCAUCAUGAGCCUGCUCAGACACAACUCAUCGCUGUCCAAACAGAGGAUUGAGAUGGUGUCCAAGCACCAAAGACUCACGGCGAAGCUGGAAUUCUUGACUGCCAGCCUUCACAUCGACAUGGAGAAAUACCAGGAACAGGCAGCCACGGGCAUUGCAUCAGACAAACUUCUGGCUGUGUGGCGGGAGAUGGAGCAAACCGCCGCCAGCUGUGGUCAGGCCAAGGUGAAUGAGCUGGAGGAGGAGAUGAUGCUGCUGCAGCCAGACAUAGUGGAUGUUCAGAGGCAGCCGUGGAGGAGCGGAGAGGCUUUGGACACUCUAGAGGGAAAGGCCAUGGAGCUGUUCCGCAAACUCAGGGAGAAACCCAAAGACCAGAGAGGCUCAGGAGACAGUCAGGAAAUGGUGCGUCUGGUGGUUCAGGCCAUGCUGUUCUACGAGAAGAAGCUCAAAGAUUUCUACACACACCUCAGUAAGACAGCAGUGUGCAGACAGCGAGUGAUGGAGCUGCUGCCAAAGGUGGAGGGCGUGGUUCAGAAAAUGGCGGAGAGCGAACAAGUGCUGAUGAAUCUGCAGGAGAAACGACAGUGGGCUCUGUGGCACCUGCUGAGAGUGGCCUGCAGUAAAGUUCGCAGCCCGGUGAGUGGGAGUCCUGACGGAUUGCGAACCCCUUCAUCAGUGCCCCCCCUUCUGACCCCGAGACACAGUUUACAGCAGCUUGACGAGUCUCUGGUGGAGGAGAGCAGGACGUUUGAGACUCGCCUCCAGAGUCUGCUGCAAGACACCAUCCAGGAGUCGGAGAACAGCAUGGAGAUGCUGAGGGAGUGGACGUGGCUCAACGACGGUCAGAGUUAUUCCAGUGACCUCUCCUGAACUGAGCGGUGCUCUGCCGCCUCCGUGUGGAGGCGGCGUCAAACUGCCAGCUGUUCAGCCUGACAUUAUGAAUGGAGCUGUCGCUCCAGACAUGUUUGGAACCUUUGUGAGGAUCGUUAGUACCUGCCGGGACCGCGCUGAAGCAAGCUGGAAUUUUGAUUUAUGAGAUUCAAUUCAAAGUGUGUUUGUUUCUAUAUUUGAUCAGUCAUGUAGCUUUAACAGUGCAUUUAAGGUUGAAAUAGCAGUAACGGUGAUUCUGGAACUGUUUUUAAUAGCCGUGUUAUUCCUUAUGUUUUACAGUGGAAAGCAAUUUUCCAGCUUGAAUUUGCUACAUUUAACUACAUUUGUUUCAGAUGGUACUUAAGAUUAAUAUACAUUGUUGUGCUUCACCAAUCUAGACUGUUAUUAUUUCCAGUGGCUUUUGUUUUUUCAUUCAUUCAUUAGACUAUCGUCAGGGAGUUUUUUUCCAAACUGUUAAAAAAAAGUUUGCUGAAUGAUAGCCUGCAGAUGAUUACUUUGUACAUUUGUUGUUGCCUCCAUAACUGAAACGCCUGUAGCACAUGGUGUUGAAUGUGUUUUGGAGUCAUUUGUGUGUGCAUCAGAAGGGUACUGCAAAUGGAAAAAAAAUGUGACUGAAUGUUUCUGUGAAAAUGAAAAAAAAGGGAGACAGAAAAUGCUUACAUUUUAUUCCUCAUAAGGAUAUUGAUCUGUAUUAUGUUUAAACUGUGUCUUCUCCUUCAACUUGAGCCCAUCCUGAUUUCAACAGUUGGAGGUCGUGCUGUAUAUAAACCAUAUUGUCACUUUUUUUUUAUCUUGUUUUAUCUUAUAUGUACAGAUGUCGUAUUGUUGAGAUUUUUGACCAAAAAUAUCUAUCAUGUAUGAAGUUUCUUGCUUUCUCAGUGGUGUUUGCAAAAUUAAAUUUCCAAAU